AUGGAAACGCUGGCAGGCUCGCGGCCAGCAGCCCGGCGUUUUUCCCGUGGCGCCCUCGUGGGCGCAUGGGGUGGCCGACGUCGCAAGAAGUUUUCCGACUCAGUCCUACAUGCUUAUUAUGGCCCUAUCGUACGACCAAACCAUUCGCCAUACGGCCAACCGGUUCUGCAGGGCUCGACCGCCAGCACUCUUGAUCGGCGCCAUGGGAGAAGCUGUGAUCUACACGAAGUACAAGCCGAGGGCGCCGAGUUCAAGCCGCUCUUCAAUAACCCCAUCGCACAGGUGUCCUCCGAUAUCCUGAAAGUGCAAGGCUACUCCACGCAAUUUCGGUCAUUACUAUCAGCCCGAUUAUCACCACGUCGAGACUCCGUACCCAACGUCCACAUCCAAGAUUCAAACACGGAAUUGGAAACGAAAAGUGGG